CGGUGCGCCAGAGCCCGAUAAACUAAUAAACAAACAGUGAAACAUGGAGCUGUGUGAACGGAUAGUUUACCUGGAUAAUGAAGGGCAUCACGAGAGUAGAUUUAUUUGUUUAUUUGGCACAUAAAGACCUACUAACUGGAAGUUGUACCAGAUUUGAAUAGAUGUGUUGUCGCCCUGCUUUUGGUGGCGAGUCAGUGCGCUGCCUGUCACGCAGUGAGCAGCACAGCAGCCAGACGGACCAACUGAGGAAGAGAGAGACUGAUAAUCCUCCACGCCCAGAGAUCACCAGCCUCCUCGCCUCACCUCUCAGUUUCAGGUUCCCAACAUGACUACCCCAACGCCGAUCACUCCGGAGGAGGUGGAGGAUCUUAGAGAAGCUUUCGCCAAGAUUGAUGUGGACAACAACGGAUUCAUCAGCAAGGAUGAGCUCAACCAGCUUUUCAAGGCUGCUAACCUGCCGAUGCCGGGCUACAAGGUCCGAGAGAUCGUCCAGGAGCUGACAAAGUCCAGCAGCCAGCUCACCUUUGAUGAGUUUACUGAGAUUGUCCACGGGCUGAAGAACAGCGACGUGGCAAAGACCUUCAGGAAGGCCAUCAAUAAGAAGGAGGGAAUCUGUAACGUGGCAGGAACCUCAGAGCAGUCCGGCACUCAGCACUCAUACUCAGAGGAGGAGAAAGUGGCCUUUGUGAACUGGAUCAAUAAAGCUCUGGAGAAGGAUGCAGACUGUAAACAUGUUCUGCCGAUGGAUGCCAACAACGACGACCUGUUCACCGCUAUGGGGGAUGGGAUCGUUCUCUGUAAGAUGAUCAACCUGUCUGUCCCGGACACCAUCGACGAGAGAACCAUCAACAAGAAGAAGCUCUCACCUUUCACCAUCCAGGAGAACCUGAACCUGGCUCUGAACUCGUCUUCGGCCAUCGGCUGCCACGUGGUCAACAUCGGAGCUGAGGACCUGAAGGAGGGCAGGCAGCAUCUGGUCUUGGGACUGCUGUGGCAGGUCAUCAAGAUCGGGCUGUUCGCCGACAUCGAGCUUAGCAGGAACGAAGCUCUGAUCGCUCUGCUGCGUGAUGGAGAAACUCUGGAGGAUCUGAUGAAACUUUCUCCCGAGGAACUGCUGCUGCGUUGGGCCAACUAUCACCUGGAGGAGGCCGGCUGCAGCAAGAUCAAUAACUUCAGCUCCGACAUCAAGGACUCCAAGGCGUACUACAACCUCCUGAACCAGGUGGCACCCAAAGGAGACGAGGACGGAAUCCCCCCCAUCGCCAUCGACAUGUCAGGACUCAGGGAGAAAGAGGACCUGAAUCGGGCCGAGUGCAUGCUGGAUCAGGCCGACCGGUUGGGAUGCCGACAGUUCGUCAUGCCGCCAGAUGUCAUCCGCGGCAACCCCAAAUUGAACUUAGCUUUUGUUGCCAAUCUGUUCAACAAGUACCCGGCUCUGAAAAAACCCGAGAACGUGGACAUCGACUGGAGCUCCAUCGAAGGUGAAACUAGGGAGGAGCGAACCUUCAGGAACUGGAUGAACUCGCUGGGGGUCCAACCUCGUGUCAACCACCUCUACGCAGAUAUUGAUGACGCCAUGGUGAUCUUCCAGUUGUACGAGAAGAUCAAGGUACCAGUGGACUGGGACAAAGUCAACAAGCCCCCCUACUCUAAACUGGGCAGCAACAUGAAGAAGCUAGAAAACUGUAACUACGCAGUCGAGCUGGGAAAGAAGGAGGCCAAAUUCUCUCUGGUGGGCAUCGCAGGUCAGGACCUGAACGAAGGGAAUCGAAAACUCACCCUCGCUCUGCUCUGGCAGCUCAUGAGGAGAUACACCCUGAACAUCCUGGAGGACCUGGGCGAUGGUCAGAAAGUGACAGACGACACCAUCGUGUCCUGGGUCAACGGCACGCUCACAGACGCUGGAAAAUCUAAAAUCUCCGGCUUCAAGGACGGUUCUAUCAGUAGCAGUAUGCCAGUUCUGGACCUGAUUGAUGCCAUCCAGCCCGGAUCGAUCAGAUACGACCUGCUAAAGGCAGAAGACCUUACUGAAGAGGAGAAACUCAACAACGCAAAGUACGCCAUCUCCAUGUCAAGGAAGAUAGGCGCCCGAGUAUACGCGCUGCCUGAGGACCUGGUGGAGGUCAAACCUAAGAUGGUGAUGACGGUGUUUGCAUGCCUCAUGGCACGCGGCAUGAAGAGAGCAUAAGGACCACAACCACCUAAAAAUAUGGGAUAUACAAGGUUUCUAACAGGGUACAGAUAAUAAGUUAUGGUAUACAUUAAAAAACAGUGGUGAUAUCUGAAGGUAAAGGGACAUUGGAAAGUUAAUUUUUGUACAACCACUGCAGUCUGUUACUUAUAUUACUCUUACAAAUACUUUAGAAAAGUGAGCUUUAAAUUCAAAUAGGAUGUCAUGUUUUAUUUUUACAAACAUUUUAAAAUCUGAUUGUUAAAUCCUUUCUAUUGCAAUAUUGUUGUUUAAGAAUUAUCUGCAGCAGUGUGGCUGGUUAUUCAUAAAGGAUUUUCUGAAUGUUUCCAGGCAGAACUGCAAUGUUCCCCUUUACAGGUUUACUGUUUGUGUGAUACAUAACAAGUCAGGCAAAGUCUUACUUGCUCAGGUUUUCACUUGAUUACAAACAUAUUCCAAAUUAUGCCAGAUGAACGCAACAAAUAAAUGAAGAUUUUUCUAUUAA